AAUUUUAGCGUUCAGAUGCCAGGAAUGCAGAUGCAAAUGGGACAGCCAGUGCCAGGAGUAGGUCCAGACAUGCUCCCUGGUGGGUACCCUGGGUACCCAGCAUAUUCAGCCGGUUAUUCCUCAGAUGCUGAACCCAUGUGGACUUACUUCACUGCUGUUGCUGGACAGGAUGGUGAAGUGGAUGCUGAAGAACUUCAGAGAUGUUUGACGCAGUCUGGAAUUAGUGAAACUUACUCUCCCUUCAGUUUGGAAACCUGCAGAAUUAUGAUUGCCAUGUUGGAUAGAGAUUACACAGGAAAAAUGGGAUUUAAUGAAUUCAAAGAGCUGUGGGCAGCUCUUAGUGCCUGGAAGCAAAACUUCGUGACUAUUGAUCAAGACCGAAGUGGCACAGUAGAGCAUCAUGAAUUGAGUCAAGCCAUUGCUGUUAUGGUCAGGCUUACUGGUGUCCUGAUGGAACUCAGUAAAACUGUAGCACUGUUACAAUUAUGUGAUUUCAUGAAAUACAUCAGCACCACCAUGCCUAUACCUAGUACUGUACCUAGUAAAAUGUUGGAAAUAGUUGGCUUCUCUAGUAAUAAAGUAUCCUAG